GCGGAGGAUCCAGUCAGACCAGCGCAGACAUAGACACAGCAUGGCCGCAGACCGGUGUGGGAGUCCCCCUCUGGACCACGGGACAGACGGCGACCAAGCUCUGGAGUUUGAUCCAGAGUUUGACGAGCUGUAUGGAGGCAACGUACCCAAGAGACAAGCGCGAGUUACGGUCAAGUACAACCGGAAAGAGCUGCAGAGGAGACUGGAUGUGGAGAAGUGGAUUGACGAGUGUCUUGACCAGCUGUACUCCGGACAGGAGAGUGACAUGCCAGAGGAGGUGAACAUUGACGAGCUUAUUGAGAUGCCAAAUGAUGAAGAAAGGGUCAAGAAAUUACAGGAGGUUUUCCAGAAGUGCCAUAACAACACAGAGAGCUUCAUCCAAGAGCUGGUGGUGAAACUGGAGGGAAUGCACAAACAGGAGGAGCUGCAGACUGUUGGCAUCGAGCAUCCGGUCAUCUCCCACGGUCACUAUCGCCACGAGCCGUACCACUUCAACAGCCCACACCACCAGGGACCCAACAAGACCCUUUAGGACUAAAACACAUACCAAGAUCCCACGAUGGACUCACACGCAGUCUUAAUUUAACAUGUAUUUAUUUUAGCUUUAUAAUAGGGGUGGCGCCAGGGGGCUUGAGGAUGAGACAGUCUCCCCUUUGUAUGGCAGUGCAUCCGUAAACACUCAGAUUUUUGCCAGAUUUUCAUGGGACAUCCAAUCUUUAUUAGAAAUGUUCAAAUUGCAAGCAUACAGUUAGUGUUCAAAAUAGAGCUGCAGUGAUUACUUUAAAGAACCUACCUAUUGUGCUCAUGUCUGUUAUAAAGCUAUAAUCUAUAACACCUGUGGAUCAUUAUGUUAUAAUUUGCAUAUUUUAAAUUGCAAUAGUCAUCUAAAACGACUUAAUAAACAAAACAAAUCCGCUAACUUUUGCGUUACUAAACUGCGGUGCUCAAUGGGAGCUGACGUUGGUGUACACAUCAUCACAAAAACUGAGCAGUGGAUAUUUCAUUGGUACCAAAAUGACAAUGCAACAAAUCUUACGAAUAUCAACGAUUAAGAAAAUUGAAAAUGGAGAACAAAGUAACUACAGAGCAGUGGCUGUAUGCUGGCAAUAUGGCAUCUUGAAAAUAAGCAAUUAAAGAUUGCUCAAACAUGCACAAAUCACUCCAGAUACAACUUUGGGCGAGAAAAUGUUAAGGGGAAACAAUUAUAACAACAUGGUAAAAAGUUCUGAAAAAGUCAAUUUUGCAGAAUAAGUCUGAUUUAAUGAGAUCAUUGCUGACUAAUUUGGACAUUAUGUGGAUUAUACAGACUUAAACACAUGCAAAAAGAUGUUUCAUACCAAAGACAGUGGCAUUAUUAAAUAAAAAUGUAAAAAAAUAAAUAAAUAAACAACUUGUGAUUAAUUUUACAUUUGAUUUGUAAAUAUUAUCUAUUAAGAAGGCUUCAGUCAAUACAUUUUACCUUUAAAUAUUUUAAACAUAUUUUAAAAAAAUCUUACUGUUGAAAAUAACUCAUUGUUUGACUUAAUCUCGUAAUUGCUGACUAGUCAACUGCUAAAAUAAUCAUUAAUGCAAAAUUAAGCUUUAAUAAAACAUGGGCCCUCCAAAAAGUGUCUGGAGCUGCCCCUGCAUCAUCACAUGUAUAGUCUAUAUAGUGUAACUGUGACAAGACUGACAAGACUUCUCCCUGCAAAUGUAAUGGUCUUAAAAUAUAUACUUCUUUGUGCCAUUUCCACAAUCAAGAGAAAGCAGAAAAAUACUAAUUUGUGUGGAUAAAGAUAGUCUCUCACACUAUUGACCAUGUUAGUAAGAUUUAUUAAUUUGACAUAGAGUAAAUAUAUGUAACUCCAAAAACACUCCCUAGAAUUAUGAACAAUAUGUAAUACUGAAUUGUUUUAGUCAUAAAUUCAAAGGCAUGGACAAAAUGAUGUCUGUGUUUAUUUUCAGGCUACAGAAACUCAUUAAAGCCUAAAACA